AUGCUGAGGGUGAUUGGGUCGGAUGACGGAGGACGAGAAAGAGCAAGAGAGGACAGGAAAAGGGUCGGUGCGAAUGCAAGCGGGACUGGGGUAUCGAGGGUCUCGCUUCGGCGCGUGUGUGUUUCUGAAGUGGGCCUCUGCGGUCAGUGUCGAGGUGAUGAAGCUGUGCAUCAGCGUCAGAGCUUGGCCGGCUUGCAGCUCAGCCCAGUCCAGCCAGUUCCAGAUCAGAGAGGAGAAUUGACCGACCGACCGACCAGGCGUCCCUCGGACUCGGCAGCGGCGAAGCCGUAG